AUGAACAAGAAUAAUGGAAAAGAAUUGAUCAUGCUGGACGUAAAUCGUCAACACAAGGACAACAAUGGCUUUUCUAACCAAAGUACAAAUCAUCAUCAGCAUGUACUACCUCCAUUACGUGUGUUGACACAAAAACUACCUGUUGAAGAAGGAGAGUACGUCGACCCGACACUCUUUUCACCAGAACUAUCAAGUCAUGCCAUGGAAGUGGCGCAUCGUCGUGCUAAAGCAAUUGCAACUGAGGUGAAGGAAAUGAUGGAAUUGGAAGUCACCGUCACCAGCGCUACAAAAGCUAAAUUGUCACCAGCUGAAGCAGUGGGGAUUAUUGGUGGUGCUUUUGCUAGUUCAUUGAAGCGAGCAAAGAAGCUGAUGAAACCAGGAAUAAAAGAAUACGACUUAUUGUCUGGAACAUCUCCGUCAGGAGAAACACCAAAACUAGAUGAUCUUGACACAGAUGGCGACGGAUUACAGCUUUCACCAGAUGCUACUUACAAUGAAGGGGAGCACUUUCGGACAACAAAGUUGAAACCGGUGCUAAAGCGCAUUUCAGUUUACUCGACUGCAGCUGCGCUGGAGCCGGAAAAGAAUUUGAGUACGCAACCACAGAAGAAAAAACGUAUUAAAUGGCAUGAAGACGUACUAGAUGCUGAUGAAGAGUUUUGCGAAGAAGACACUGAUGGACAGGAGGCGCGCUCAUUGAUGAAUGCAGAGGAUGAUGCCGUCGGUAGUCCUCGAUCUCAACUCUUGAACUACAGCAGUAAGAAUAGUGGACAGGUUACGCCGCGAAGCAGAAAGAAGCGCAAAAAGCUGGUAAGAUCUUUGAUGCGGCGGUUGACAACGCGCGAGAAGGAGGAGCUGUAUCGCCAGCGACCAGAUCUGAUGAUUGUGCCGAACUGGGCACAGAAGUACCGUGAGGAGCUCGCAGGUGCAGAUUCAACUCGCUGGAAUGCUUGGCUGCUUGCGUUUAUCAUGAUACUGGCUGUGCUGCUUCUGGUCUUCAUUCUGUUCAUUGUGCGGCAGCGUAUUGCGGCCGCGAAGUAG